GCGAGGCCCCAGGAGCCCAUCCCAGCCAGGACAAUGCACUGCGGAGCUCUGUGCCGACUCCUGCUGCUCUGGCCCUGCCUGAUCGACGCCGCGCCCGUCCACGAUGUUCAGGACGACACCAAAACCCUCAUCAGGACGAUCGUCACCAGGAUCACUGACAUUUCACACACGCAGUCUGUCUCCUCCAAGCAGAGAGUCACCGGUUUGGAUUUCAUCCCUGGCCUCCACCCUGACCUGAGUCUGUCCGCAAUGGACCAGGCGCUGGCCACCUACCAACAGAUCCUCACCAGCCUGCCCUCCAGAAACGUCGUCCAGAUCGCCAACGACCUGGAGAACCUUCGGGACCUCCUGCGCCUGCUGGCCACAUCCAAGAACUGCCCCUUGCCCCAGGCGCGGGAACUGCAGGCGUUGGAGAGCCUGGACGGGCUCCUGGAAGCCUCGCUCUUCUCCACGGAGGUGGUGGCCCUGAGCAGGCUGCAGGGCUCUCUGCAGGACAUGCUGCGACAGCUUGACCUCGGCCCCGGGUGCUGAGACCCCGCCCCACCCCCACCCCAGAGCUCUUCCCCGUCCCCACCCCCCAGGACUGAAGUUGAAAGCAGCAGCCUAGGUGCCCAGGGGAAGCCAGCCUGUGUGGCCUGCGUUUCCCCAGGACUCUGCUCUGCUUUUCACUCACUCACUCACGCCCUUCUUCCAAAGGCUUUGGCUCCAGUUAUGAGAGCAGAGGGACUGUCACCGAUUCCUUGCUCGGCCAGCUGGUGGGAUGGCCCCUGGGGGGAUCACCAGCCUGGGGUGAUCACCAGCCUCUGGUCGAUUCUGUCUCCCUCUCACUGCACCCACAUGUGGUUCCCGGGGUGAUUUGGGAAAGCGGGACACAGCUUGAGAGCUACCAGAGCAGGGGUCCAUCUGAGAAGCUGGGGGUGCACCACUGCCCCCCACACAGCUGGAACCCCCCUCGCCACACGAGUUGAGGAGCCCUUAUUUAUUUAUAACGCGUCUUGUUCUGCACGGAUACGAAGCAGAACUUUGCCUUUUUACUUUCUGUCUCUUUGGAGAUGAGGGUGUGGGUGGAGGGUCUGCCGGGGCCGGGCUGCUCCUGAGUUUCCACCCCAAUGGUCAGCCUGGUCGAGGCAAACCCAUUUCCAGGGACUUGCGAGCCAUCAGGACAAUUCUCUUGCAACUGGCUUUGUUUCGACUGUGACUGAUUUUAAAUGACAGCCUUUGCAAUGGCAUUGCCCUGAGCGGAUCUCGGCGGGCCAGGUUAUUUUUAAAAGGAGAUGAAUUUUGUCAAGUGUAAUAUAGAGCUGGGUGAGCCCGGAGGUGGGAGAAGGUGUUGGUGGAAGGUGGAUGGAUCCAGAAUAUAUUCUCUGAAUAACAUUUGGUGUGUGGGGGGGGAGAGGGUAAUGCCCUCUGCUGCUCCCCUGUUGCCAGUUCUUGGACUUUCCAUGAAACUCGCAAAGGAUUGUGGGGUUCUGCCAGGUGCCCAUAGGAAGCCGAGUUGAUGAUGCAAGAGGCUGGCGGGCGGGCGGUGCUGAGAGCAGCUCUGGGUUUUGCCCACUUGCUAAAUAGUGGCUUGUCCUUGCGGAUAGGGGGCGCUUUCAUGAGCAGUGAUUCCCCCCACCCCCCACCCCGGAACAGAGAGGGGGCUUUGGUGGGGCCCUAGGAAUGAGUGGCGCAGGGCUGAUCCCAUGCUAGACUGGCGACAAGGAGGCAUCCUUCCUUGGGACUUGCAGGCCUGAUUGAAGUUCGCCCCUACUGGGCUGUUGGACUUACCCGCAGUCCACUUGGGGGGUAGGCAAAUCCAUGAGCAUUAGCGGCUGGUCCCAAGAAACCUUGCUCCCAGGGUGAAAGGAAGGCCUGAGUGUCCCGCGCCCUGCCGCGGGGAAGCAGCCAUCCCGCCCUCCGCAGAGGCCCCGCCUGUCCUGAAGCUCGAAGUCCAAGCCUCCAGCCCGAGUCUCAGUGCUCACAGGCUGAGGGAUGUGGAAGACCAGUCCUGCCCUCAGAGACCUUGUUUUCUGGGUGCUAAAGGCCCCCUCUCCCCUUGACAAGGCCUGGCAUCUCACCAGGCAUGCAGGCAGUGUGGAGGUGAGGUGGUUCCUGGGGCCUAUCCUCCCCACACCCUUCCCUAGCCCCCACUCCCCCCUCCCCCCACCCCUACACUUUGAAGCAUGUUUACUGUUUCAGGUGUGUCCGCCUCUGUGCCUGUGGAAACAGGUUUGAGGCAGUAAAGCUGUGAAGAUUGGAAACUAAAAGCCCACAGCAGGUGCUAAGACCAGGACUGAAGGGCUGGAGUGGUAGCACAGCGGGUAGGGCGUUUGCCUUGCACGCGGCCGACCCGGGUUCGAUUCCCAGCAUCCCUGAGCACUGCCAGGGGUAAUUCCUGAGUGUACAGCUAGGAGUAACCCCUGUGCAUACUGGGUGUGACCCAAAAAGAAAAAAAAAAAAGACCAGGACUGAAGUAGGGCUGGUGAACCAGGUACCAGCUGGGCUGGGCGGGGAAUGCAGGUGAGGCUUAGGGGCAUCGUGGGGUGAUGGGGUGCAGGAACUUGAUGAGGCAGGAGUUGAGGUGGAAGUUUGGUGGUGCUGAGAUUCCAAUGGGGCGAGCAGCCGGUCCCCAAGAAAGGCCGGCAAAGGGAAGAUGGGCAGGAAAGGGACUUGUGGUAGAGGCCUUCCCAGGCACAUUGAUCUGACGGUGAGAGAGUUAAGAGUUGAAGGUUCUAGAACAGGGUCUCGAGAGAUGGACUGGAUGAGGCCUGCUGUGGGAAAUAUGACCAGAACCAUAUCACAGCCAUUGCCUGAAGACAAACAAACAAAAAAAAACUGGCACUCUGGUUCAUUCUCAGAGUUUGACACUUUCAAAAUAGAAAUGAUUUUUUUUAAUUCUUUUAUUGAUUCACCAUGUGGAAAGUUACAAAACUUUCAGGUAGAAAUGAUUUUUUUUAAUGUAACUUAAAAUGUUUUUGUUGGUUUGUUUAAAAAAAAU